AUGUCCAUGCUCUCUUUGGCGGUGGAUGCAGUGGAGGAUUUGUUUGGGUGGCAUGGCAAGGUGGCCGGAUCAGAUGUACUUGAGGGGUAUUUGGACCCUCUGAGAGAGGCGCUCUCUCUUGAUACACGUUUGCUUCGCAACCUGAAGCGCCGAUCUGCACUGCAAGAUCUACAUACGGCACUUCAUGCAUCUGACCGUGCACUUCUUGUCAAUCGGGCCACAGUGACCGCAGCUGACUCCUCUAAGUGCGAGGACGUUGCUCUUCAAUGCAUGCUAGACCGAGCUGCGAAGCCGUUCGUGGAGCUUUGGGAUGAUGUCGCGGACUUCUUCCAAGCAUGGUACCGGUGCCAUGAUCCAAGCUCCGAUUCAACCGGCGUCACCGGGGAAGAAUCAGAGCCAGAUGAACUCACAUUCACGUCGCAGGCUUCAUCACCCAGCUCCGGCAUGUCCAGCAUCCCAUGCACAGACUAUUCGACCUCCGCAGAUGAGAUGGUGGAUGAGGGACAGCUCAUGCCUCUGCGUCGAGCUGGCUUGCACGCAGAGCUCGGAGCAUCAUGCCUUUUGGGGUUAUCGCGGCUGGAUGGUGGAAGUGGCCUGGAGCAUGUGCCAGAGACGGAGCUCGAUGAGAGUUCCGAGAUCACGCUGGUUGCCUGCCGCAUACAUGCCAGUCACUUCGGACUCACCGUUUUGAAUGUGCUGGGUGCCAUGGAAUGCUCCGUUCUGGCGGGGCGACUCCUUUUCAUCGAUGGUCUUGGCUCCAUCGACGGCUCCGGCGGCGGCUCAGCCCUGGCCAGUAGCAUUUGGCCCCUCGCACGAUUCUUGCAGUGCCAGGCCGUUCUCUUGAAAGCCAGGGCCGGCUCGGAAGGUUUCUGGGCCCGGGCAGGCUUCACAGGCCUCCUCUCAGCUUGGCGCACGAAGCGCAGAGCCAACCAAGCCGGAUCACCUCAGAGGCGAGCUCUCACAAGUCUCCAUGAGGAAAUGGCCCCAAUUCCAGUCGGGUUGGCCGAUCGAGAUCUGGAGCAUCUUGUUUCCAACGUGUUGCAGGUGGCCAACGCUGGUGCCAUGAUUUUCUUUUCCUGGGUGAGCUGA